CCAGUUAUCCUGCUGCAGGAGGGCACGGACACCUCGCAGGGCAUCCCGCAGCUCGUCAGUAACAUCAAUGCCUGCCAGGUUAUCGCCGAGGCCGUGCGCACCACGCUGGGACCUCGCGGCAUGGACAAACUCAUCGUGGAUGACCGGGGCAAAGCCACCAUCUCAAACGAUGGGGCCACCAUCCUGAAGCUCCUUGAUGUUGUCCAUCCGGCUGCGAAGACGUUGGUGGACAUCGCUAAAUCUCAGGAUGCUGAGGUGGGUGAUGGGACCACGUCUGUGACUCUUCUCGCGGCUGAGUUCCUGAAGCAAGUGAAGCCCUACGCAGAGGAAGGUCUCCAUCCUCAGAUCAUCAUCCGUGCCUUCCGCACAGCCACGCAGCUGGCUGUAAACAAGAUCAAAGACAUUGCAGUUUCAGUGAAGAAGGAAGAUAAAGAAGAGCAGAGAAGCCUCCUGGAGAAGUGUGCAGCCACAGCCCUGAGCUCUAAGCUCAUCUCCCAGAGCAAGGAGGUUUUCUCCAAGAUGGUUGUAGAUGCUGUCAUGAUGUUGGAUGACUUGUUACAACUCAAAAUGAUUGGAAUAAAGAAGGUGCAAGGAGGUGCUUUGGAAGACUCUCAGCUAGUGGCUGGAGUGGCCUUUAAGAAGACAUUCUGCUACGCUGGCUUUGAAAUGCAGCCCAAGAAGUACCAGUGUCCCAAAAUUGCCUUGUUGAACGUGGAGCUGGAGCUCAAAGCUGAGAAGGACAAUGCUGAAAUCAGAGUGAACACUGUGGAGGACUACCAGGCCAUCGUGGAUGCUGAGUGGAACAUCUUGUAUGACAAACUAGACAAAAUCCACAAGUCGGGAGCCAAAGUUGUCCUGUCCAAGCUUCCCAUCGGAGAUGUGGCCACUCAGUACUUUGCAGACAGGGACAUGUUCUGUGCUGGCCGUGUCCCAGAAGAAGACCUCAAGCGAACAAUGAUGGCCUGUGGUGGUUCCAUUCAGACAAGUGUCAAUGCGCUGUCAGAUGAUGUCCUGGGUCGAUGUGAUCUCUUUGAGGAGACUCAGAUUGGAGGAGAGAGAUACAACAUCUUCACAGGCUGCCCCAAGGCAAAGACCUGCACAAUAAUCCUGCGGGGGGGAGCGGAGCAGUUCAUGGAGGAGACAGAACGAUCCCUGCACGAUGCCAUCAUGAUAGUCAGGAGAGCCAUCAAGAACGACUCGGUUGUUGCUGGUGGUGGUGCCAUAGAGAUGGAGCUUUCCAAAUACCUCCGGGACUAUUCCAGGACCAUUCCAGGCAAGCAGCAGCUGCUCAUAGGUGCUUAUGCUAAAGCCCUGGAGAUCAUUCCUCGCCAGCUCUGUGACAAUGCUGGCUUUGAUGCCACCAACAUCCUCAACAAGCUCCGAGCCAAACAUGCACAGGGGGGCACGUGGUACGGUGUGGACGUGAACAACGAGGACAUUGCUGACAACUUCGAGGCGUGCGUAUGGGAACCGGCCAUCGUGCGCAUCAACGCGCUGACGGCCGCCUCCGAGGCCGCCUGUCUCAUCAUCUCCGUGGAUGAAACCAUCAAGAACCCCCGUUCCACUGUGGAUGCUGCUCCCACUGCCCGGGGCAGGGGUCGAGGCCGAGCCCCCAACCACUGA